AUGGAGACUUUAAAUUCUGAAUCAGUAGAGGUUCAACCCGUGGUGUCUGCACCUACUCGUGGAAAAAAGGAUCCAGCAUGGGAGCAUUUUAGUGAAAGUCGUGAUACUAAUGGAAAAAAUAUAUUUACUUGUCUCUAUUGUGGAAUUUCAUACAAAGGCGGUGGUAUUAAUCGUAUGAAAUAUCAUAUUGCUGGAAUCCAAGGCCAAAUAUCUUCAUGUAAAAAGGUUCCUCAUGAUGUUCGUGUUAGAAUGCAAGAUUAUAUCAAACAAUCUACUGAAAAACAAAAGGAAUCAAAAUUGGCACAUAAACGUGUUUAUGAAAAUGAUGAUCCUUCUCAAGUUGACUUGGAAGAUGAAGAUGUGAUAAAGCUGAGUUCUUCAAAACAAAAAAAAUCUCAAGCUCAAGAGAAAGAAAAGGGAAAGCAAGUUACUGGAAUCGAUAACUUUUUUGCUCCAAGAACAACUUCAGGGUCUCAACCUACAAUAAAAAGUGUUAUGGCUAGUAAAGAGGCUAUAUGGAGAGCUCACAUGGCUUUGGCUAGAUGGUUUUAUGAUGCUUGCAUUCCAUUUAAUGCAUUACAUUCUCCUUACUAUCAACCUGCAUUGGAUGCUGUUGCUGCUAUAGGUCCUGGAUUUAAAGGUCCAAAUUACAAUGAUAUUCGGGUUAACUUAUUGAGGGAUUGUAAGAAAGAAGCGGCGCUCCUUAUUGAAAGCUAUAGGAGUAAUUGGGCGAACACUGGUUGUACACUAAUGGCUGAUGGUUGGAGUGAUCAAAGGCAAAGAACAUUGAUAAAUUUCUUAGUUUAUUGUCCUGCCGGGAUAUCCUUUGUGAAAUCUGUUGAUGCUUCAAAUUUUGUGAAAGAUGCUCCAACACUUUUGGCUUUAUUUUCUGAAGUAAUUGAUUGGGUUGGACCUAGCAAUGUUGUGCAUUUGGUUACUGAUAAUGCAGCCAAUUAUGCAUCUGCAGGGAGGCUGGUUCAUGAAAAGUACAGCAACAUUUAUUGGUCACCUUGCGCCGCACAUUGCUUGAAUCUUAUUUUGAAGGACAUUAGUAGCAUGGAACAUGUUGCUAAAUUGGCUUCUAAUGCUUCCAAGGUAACCGUAUUUGUAUAUAAUCAUAUUAUAUUUUUGGCAUGGUUAAGGAGAAGAUCAAGUUGGAAAGAGAUUGUACGUCCAGCAGUAACUAGAUUUGCCACCACCUUUAUCACAUUGCAGAACCUUCAUGAACACAAAAAUGACUUGCAAGCUUUGAUGACGAAUAGAGUUUACACGGACCAUAAGCUUUCAAGAAGUGACAAGGGAAAAGUAGUAAGUUCACUCAUUUUAAAUAAUAAAUUUUGGGAUGAUUGUUUGAUUAUGGUCAAAAUUGCUGGUCCACUUAUUAGACUAUUACGUCUAGUAGAUUCUGAUGAAAAGCCUUCAUUGGGAUAUGUUUAUGAAGGCAUGCGUAGAGCACGCAAGGCAAUCAAGCACAUGUUUAAGAAAAAAAAAAGUCUGUAUGCACCUUAUAUAAAAAUUCUUGAUGAGAGAUGGGAUAAACACUUGCGGAAGAAACUUCAUGUAGCUGCCUAUUUUUUAAAUCCCGCUUUCAUAUAUGAACCAAAUUUUUGUAAUAAAGUGGAGGUUAUGAGUGGACUUCUUGAUAUACUUGAUUCAAAGGGCGUGUGCUCUGACGGAAAGGAAGCAAUAAAAGAGAUAAAAUUGUAUCGAGACCGUUUGGGAAGUUUUAGUCGACAAAUUACUCUUACUACAUCAAAGACAUUACAGCCAGAUGAAUGGUGGAAGUUGUAUGGUCAUAGUGCUCCGAUCUUACAAAAAAUAGCCAUUCGACUUCUCAGUCAAACAUCAUCUUCAUCUGGAUGUGAAAGAAAUUGGAGUUUAUUUGAUCAAAAAGAUCCGCCAAUAGAAUUUGACUUGAACGAAUUGGCCGAAACUCUUUACGAGCAGGAUGUUGUUCUAUCACUAGAACAAAUUAAAAACCAAUCACAUUCUAAAGAUAAUGGAAGACAGGAUGAUAUAUACGACCUUACUGUAGAGAAUGUCGAAUUCAGUCUUCUUGAGUCUUUUGGUACUAUUGGUGAAAGCAAUGGUUCUGUAGCUGAAAAUAAUGAAAGUGCUGGAAUAUUUUUUGGAGGCAUGGAUGAUGGUGGUACAAAUAAUGACUUUGAUUAUAAUUCUUCUUUUAAUUUGAGAGAUGAAGAUGAUGAUACACAGCAGCCUUGA